AUGCCCGCUGGCGCAGGGAGUUCUAAGAGCAAGUCCCAUACCUGUGAAGACUGCGGUCAAGUUUUAUCUCGACAGGAUCACCUGGAACGCCAUCGUCUUACCGCUCAUUCGGAGCGUGGUGCGUUCGACUCUGCGUGUACGGCAUGUGGCAGGAGGUUUUCUAGGAGGGAUGUGCUGGUGCGGCAUUACCGCGUGCUACAUGGAAUUCAUUGCGAGCCGCGACCCAAGGGACGACCGAGGAAGACCUCGAAACAAGCUCCAAACAAGGCGUCUGCUAGUUCAGCUGAUUCCGAGACUCAGACCAACGCCGACUCGAGUAACAGCUUCCCGCAAGAGAGUGCUGCAUCCGAGCGCAGUCAAAUCAUCCCAGAGCCUCCUUCCGAGCUACCUUCUCAGCUCGCCGGCGACACCCUCGACUCACAAUGGGAAAUGCUUUUGAAUGCAACAUCGUCCGAGCUACACAAUGUCGGCGUAGCUCCAGUGUCUGACCGCAAUAGUCAUAAUCGGUCAAACUUCUCCAACGCGUUCCAUCAGGAUUCGGACCUAAUGACAUCGUUUCCUGGAGUCCAGCCGUUGUUUGAUAAUGGUUUCUACUCCUUCAAUGAUUUUGACAGUAACUUCUCGCUCCUCAGUUGGAUGAACUCGGAGACCCUGGCGAAUACCUAUAGCAUGCCACCAGACUUGAGCGUCCCGGACGUUCCAAUGCAAGGCUUGGAGGACCCGAAUAGGUCCACAAGGGUCCAGCAGAUGAUGCGAGACAGUAAAGCCAUGAAUCACAAUGCCAUAGGGGCAAACACUGACACUGGCCUCUCGCUCGACAAAGGAGACUCGGUGGCCACGUUCCCGAAUAUAGACACAUCAGCACUACCAACUCCAUCUGCAUCACACGAUCCAAGUGCCGGCACCCCGCUGGAGGAAGCGCCAGAUCCAGUCUCGGUGGAAAGAGACGCCAACACUUGGCCGUACGAAUACCAAGCUGAAGGAGAGGAGGAAAGGAUCACUUUCCCAGUCCUCAAUCCUGAGGAUCUCAGAAGUGCUCAAAAAUACCACAGUGUCAGCGGCACAAGCUCUCCAAGGAAGAACUUCCAGCUCCUUGGGACCUUUGGCAAACUAGAUGAUAAGAAACUAUCAAGUAUCAUCCAACUGCUGAGUCUGCCACUUGUGCGAGUACCUUGGCAGGAGGAUGUGGAUUUACUACGAUCACUGCCAGGUCCCGACAUUCUUCAUCACUUCACUGAUCUAUACUUUCUCCAUUUCCAUGACCUCUGGCCUAUAAUACAUCGGCCGACAUUUAAGAUAUCCGAUGCACCCACGAUUCUGGUGCUGACCAUGGCCUGCAUUGGGGCGUGCUACUCUGGUCUCGAUCGGUCCAUUGAGUUUGCCGACACGCUUGCGGAGCUCUGCAGGCGGACGUCUACUUGGAUGGGCGAGCAUGAUCCCCGUUUCUUGCGGUCUCCCUCCUAUGGAGUAUCCCUAUUGCUGCAGCAUCUCCACGCCAUGGGCUCGGGCUCACGACGCCUUUUCGAGAUGACGGACGCUUCUCGUUCGCGCCUCAUCAGCAUAGCUCGGCAGAUGAACAGCACGGGACUACAUGUCUCGCGUAGUGAAACGGAGUCGUCUGAGCGAGACACGUUUCAAACGUGGCUUGACUGGGUGAGCAAAGAGCAAGUCAAGAGAUUGGGAUGGUUUCUAUUCAACCCGUGCACAAAACUUGAAGAACUGCCGCCGGAGUUCCCUUGUGAGCAGUUACACUGGGAUGCGCCCACCGCCUUUUCUUGGGCGGCUUGUCCAUUUCAGACGGCGCCGCGAGGACCUCCGACCAUGCAGACCAUCCACGAUUUUCUAGAGAAACCCAGCCCAUCGAUCAUCAGCUCCCUCGACAACAUCGGUAAGCGGUUGUUGAUCCGGUGCCUCGGCCAGCAGCUGUACGCUUGCCAGGAGCAAAUGGACUCGGGCCUGUACCACAUCCUCUGGAAGGGCAACAACGGGCUGGAAGUGAGUCGCGCUGUGCGGUCACAGCUCUCAAGAGCUAUCCUCUCCGUGUAUGAAUUCAGCUGGGCUGAUCAUCCGCGCCGCUACACCCUCCGCCACGCCCUUCGCAUCGGUGUCGCCGGACACUACAGCCACAUAUUUGGCGCAGGGAAGAUCGUCGACCUCGUCACUCGCGUCGCCCGCAAACGGGCCUCCGUGUUUGACAUGACCAGGUUGUCCAACACCACAGGCUCUGCCCCAAACACCAACAACAAAGGCGCGGCCGUGGACGAGGCAGCAACCAUCGCAGCAUUUGGCGAACACCCCGAAAUCAUCAGGGAGAUGAUGUGGCAUGCCUCACAGGUGUGCUACCUCCAACGCCGCCACCCAUUCAAUUCACCCCUCGAACCUCUGUCGGUCUUUCUGGCGGGCAUAACACUUUGGGCGAGCUGCAAAUACUUUUGUCCACAUCAGGCAUCGAUGCGCACAGGGCCUUCAAUUCAGUUGGAUGAACCAUCCUUCUGCAGCUCCCAACGCGCCAGUCAGGCUGUUAAGGACUGGAUCAAGAACGGCGGCAAGACCUUUCUGGAGGGUGUGGGCGACGUUCAAGACCCGGAGGCGCCGAGUCGGGUGCUCCAGCUAAGCGUGGACAUCACCCGCCGACUAAAAGUGUGGCAGAUGGCGUCGAAUGUAUCAGAGAUUUUUGUCCGGCUGUUGCAGAUCGAGGAACAGGAGGCUGCCCAUCGGCAUGAGACAAACACGUUUCAGCCACAGUGA